CAAGCCCCAGCUCCUCCGCUAAACACCAUCCUCUCCAACACUUUUUACCCUUUGGAUCUCAGUAAAUCACGAAACUUCAAUAUUACUUCUCACUCCUCAUUUGCCUCUGCUGCUCUUGCGCCGGCCGGAAGCCAUGCUCAACGCUUUCAAUGCCUAUUCAAUCUUUGAGCUAGCUCCGAAAGAGCGUUUCAAGAUCGAAUCACUACUGGCUUACGGUGACAAAUUACUUUUAGGCCUCUCAAAUGGUACUCUUCGGCAUUACAAGGUUCUAUCCCCGGAUUCGGACCAGAUCUCAUUAGAGCUCUUACGCAAUAUCGACAAGUUCUCCCGACGAUCGAUAGAACUGCUCGCAUGUAUCAAAGAAGUGCAGAUCCUAGUUUCCCUCAGCGACAACUAUGUUCACAUCCACGACCUGAACGAAUUUACCCUUACCGAGACCCUGACAAAAACAAAGGGCGCUUCAACUUUUGCUGUCACGAGUAAUAUUGAACGGGACGAAAAGACACAGAUUCCCAGCAUUGUGAGUCGGUUAGCUAUUGGUGUUAAGAAGCGGCUGUUAUUGUACUCAUGGCAUGAUGAGGAAUUCUUGGAAGGGAAGGAGGUGGUUUUGAGCGGUGCUGUGAGGUCGCUUACUUGGGCUUCUGGGAGAAAGGUUGUCGCGGGACUUGCUGGUGGAUUUGUUAUAGUUGAUGUGCGGACUGGAGUCAUGAAGGAAAUUUUUCCACCAGAAACAAAAGGUGGUGGAGCUUCUGGGCCUGCCAGCAGUGAAGUUGCUGGGUGGGGAGCUUAUAUGGGAAUGGGGGGUUGGGGGUCUAGACCCUUGAGUACACAUUUGGGUGGAGAUGACCUCUUACUAGUGAAGGACUCUACAACUUUAUUUAUUGAUUCAGAGGGCGCAAUCAUCCCAAACAGGCGACCAGUGCCAUGGCCAGCCUCUCCAGACGCUGUUGCCUUCUCAUAUCCGUACCUGGUAUCCCUGAGCACCACUAAGCAACAUCUAGAAGUUCGCAACCCAUCUACGUAUACCCUACUCCAAACUGUCCACCUGAACAACGUCUCAAUACUCCAUGUGCCCCCACCAAAUGUAUCACUCGUCCACGCUGGUAAACUGUUUUACAUUGGUUCCUCAAGCCAAGUCUGGCGGAUGACUGCAGCAGACUAUGAGACACAGAUCAAGCAGUUGAUAGAAGGAGACCAUCUCGACGAAGCAAUAAGUCUUCUUGAAAUCCUGGAGAGCGUACUCCUAGACAGUAAAGAAGAGCAGCUCCGAGAGGUGAAGAUGCUGAAGGCAGAGCGGUUAUUCGAAAAGAGAAAAUACCGGGAAAGCAUGGACCUAUUCACUGAAGUAUCUGCCCCCCCUGAAAGAGUAAUAAGACUAUUCCCGAAAGUUAUCGCUGGCGAUCUGUCCAUAUGUGAUACUACUGCCAGCGAUUCUGUCGACUCUGGCGAGGCGGUGGAUGGUUCGGAUGCUGGGACAAAUCCCGAGACCUCUUCCAUCCGGAACAUAUCCCUGACCAAAAAGGUCGGCGAUGCAAGUUCCAUAUUCAACUUUGGAGGAGGGAAGAGCCACGUAGAUGACGACACAGCAAGUAUAGCCGUAAAACACACAGAAACUGUCUCAGAUGGCCCGCCAGUGCUAGAAGGUCACGAGCUCGAGAAGGCUGCAGACCAACUCUCCGCACACCUAAACGACACCCGUCAAGCGCUAUCAAAAUACUUCCACCCGGACGGCACUCUCCGCGGCGACCCUGCAAACAUAAUAUCCAACGCCUCCAGCACCUCUAGCACAAACCGCGAUCCCUUCGAAGCCAGCUUUCUCGCCGCCGGCAAACCUCUAGAUAAAUCUUCGGAGGCCUAUGCUGAGCGAACAAAAAAGCUCCUCACCGCCGCCCGCUUAAUCGAUACGACCCUCUUUAAGAUCUACAUCAUCACACGACCCGGCCUGGUCGGUCCCUUUGUGCGCAUCCAAAAACACGGUGACCCAGAAGUCUUCAGCGAGAAGCUCCGCGAACUCGGGAAAUUUACGGAACUUAUAGACUUUCUCUACCAGCGAGAGCUACAUCGCGAAGCGCUAGAUCUUCUCCUGCAAUUCGGCAAGAGCCCAGAAGAUGAGCGUGCUCCUUCACUCUGCGGACCUCGUAGGACAAUCGCAUACUUGCAGAGUUUGAAAGCGAAUUACAUAGACCUCAUCCUCGAGUUCUCUCAAUGGCCCCUGGAAGUAGACCCUAGUUUUGGCAUGGAGAUAUUCACAGCCGACAGCGAGAACGCCGAAUCCCUACCUCGCUCAAAGGUCGUCGAGCACUUACAAUCCCGCUCCACUAGUUUUGCAAUCCAGUAUCUCGAACACGUGAUACACGAAUUGGGUGACCAGACGCCCGAGUUCCACACCCGGUUGAUUUGGCUCUACUUGAGCACGCUGAAGCAGAUGCCCAAUUCUGCGCAUCACAGCGAGAAGUUGCUUGCGUUUUUGACAGCGAGUAAACAGUACCGUAGUGAGAAAGUCCUGGGCUGGCUGCCCAGAGAGGACCCGGCGUUCUACGAAGCGAGGGCAAUUGUCCUUAGGAAUAUGGGCCAGCACAAAGCUGCAGUACCCCCCGUCCCUCCUCUCCCCUCUUCACUGCAAGGGCUAACGAGGGACAGAUACUGCAAACGAAUCCACCUAACAUCCCCAACCACCCCAACAAUCUAUCACACUCUCCUAACACUCUACCUCCGCCCCCCGCCUCCGCACACCCCUCACCUAGCACCAGCAUUAACCCUACUCUCACGCCACGGCGCCCGUCUCGAAGCUUCAGAAACCUUAGCUCUCAUCCCAGAGGGGACAACGAUGGCCUCACUAGAAUCAUACUUCCAAUCACGCAUUCGAACCGCAAAUUCUAAAGCUAGCACUGACCGAUUAACCGCAAUGCUGAGAAAGAGUUACCUAGUAGACGUGCAAGACCGCCUACUGAAGGAGCAAGGAGUUGCGGUAGUGGUAGGCGAGGAGAGGAGCUGUGGUGUUUGUCAUAAGAGGUUGGGUGCGAGCGUUCUUUGGAGAUUGGCUAGGUGA